UACGCUUUAAAAUCGUCUUUAUCGGAUCACGUAACAACACGCACGAGUCGAGCAGCAGCUCAGCUGUCAGGGAGCUGAAGCUGUUCAAUCAGCAAACCCGGAAUAACGCGGAACGCUCGUUAAACUUCACAAUUCAUUUCAUUUAUCCCAUCUCCUGUUAUGGAGCAUGCAAAGCAGGAGGCCUUUGAUAACGCCAGGUUGCAGGUGAUCAAAGAUGGGUACGAAAAGGCAUUUGCAUGCAUCAAUAAAGCUCUCACGGAGGACGAAGCGGGCCACAAUGCAGAGGCUCUGAAACUGUACCGACAAGGACGGCAGCACCUCCUCAGGGCUCUCAGUGUUCCCUCACAGGGUAUGGAGUGUGUGGGCACUUCCUGGGAAUCGGCUAGACAGAUGCAGCGCAAGAUGCAGGAGACUCUCAACAACAUCACCACUCGCUUGGCCAUCCUGGAAACCAGCCCAGACGGAGCGUCGGAUGGCAGCGCAGCUCCUCAGAAACUCUACCCUGAAGUCCCGAAGGUCAAGCCCGAGAGGCCCGCUCCACCACAGACGCUUGCUUCCAACGGCGGGGUAGCAGGGGCUUCGGGUGGGCCGGUUCCGGUGUCUCCCUCAGCGCAGCCCAAUAUGUUAAGUGACCAGCCUCCCGCAUACACCCCUCAAGCCGCUGACGGACACCUGACCAUUUCCUAUGGCACCGACUCAGGCGAACUCUCUCUGGUCGGAGAUGAGUUCUACAGCAACACGUCUAAUUCUGCACCUUCUCCUCAGAGUCUGGGGGAGGACGGAGAGGAACUCUUUUUCCUUCCUCAAGGGGUGCAGAUCUUCUUCGUUACGCCUGAGGGCCAAGUCAGCGCUCCCUCUUAUCCAGGGUACCUUCGUAUUGUAAAGUUCACCAGCGAGCGAUCAGAAAGGAUUCCAAACAGGCCACCUGCUUUCCUACAGGUUUGUGACUGGCUUUACCCCUUGAUGGCCUCCGACUCCCCAGUCCUGCUGUGCAACACGGGGGUCUACAUGUUCCCUGACAUGAUGGCUCCCACCCCAGGCUCGUAUGUUGGGGUGGUCCUUUCUUCCGAACUUCCCCAGAAGGAACGUGAACUCUUCCAAAGCGUUCUUUCUCAGCUGACGGACCUGCGUGUCCAGGUGAGCUGUCCCUGUGUCCCCUCAGGUCCCACCUCAGAAACACAGGGGUCAGCUGUGGCUCCAGAGCAGGCAUCAGAUGGCGCAACCGAUACCAUUAACCUGGGUCAGAAGGUGCCGAUGGGGCCUCCUGCAGCCGAAGCAGCGCCCCCUGCUGCUGAGGAGGAGAAGGUGCUUCCUGAAUGGAGCGAGAAGGUGGCCCAAGGGAUCCUGACUGGGGCUUCAUGGCUGAGCUGGGGGUUGGUGAAAGGAGCCGAGUACACAGGAAAAGCCAUACAUAAAGGUGCAUCCAAACUACGAGAGCACAUAACUCCAGAGGACAAACCGGCCCAAGUCAGCCCCACUGUAACCAAAAGCCUUCAUGUGGCCAAACAGGCCACAGGAGGAGCAGUGAAGGUCAGCCAGUUCCUUGUUGAUGGACUGUGCACAGUCGCUGGACAUGUUGGCAGAGAGCUGGCACCCCAUGUGAAGAAACACGGAGGGAAGCUCAUCCCAGAGUCUCUGAAGAAAGACAAAGAUGGACGCUCCAACAUUGAUGGUGCCAUGGUGGUUGCAGCAAGUGGAGUUCAAGGAUUUGCAACAAUGUGGACGGGUCUGGAGGCUGCAGCAAAAAACAUCGCAAAGAGCGUUGCUGCAGAAACGGUUACCACGGUAAAACAUAAGUACGGGGCGGAAGCAGGCCAGGCCACAGAUCACGCUGUCAACUCGGCCAUCAAUGUGGGCGUCACCGCGUUCAAUAUCGACAACCUGGGGAUCAAGGCUAUGGUCAAGAAGACCGGCAAAGAGACUGCCCAUGCCAUCCUCGCAGACUAUAAAGUCCAAGAACCGAGCGAUCAAGUUGAGAAACAUAAAGACCAAAAGUAGAGUUUAGAUUCAGACCUCUCGUUUCAGGUAUCCGUUUUAAAGAGCAGACCAAAUGACUGAAGAAGUGGGUGGAUACUUGUCCGGUUUUUCACUGACUGACACUGAACUCCAAAGACUUUCCUACAGUUAAUCGUUCUGUCGUUUACUACUCUGCCGGACAGUAUUCCUGAUCUUGCCUUACACUUCACCAGCAAUUUACUCAACUAAACGUAUCACCAAUGAUUUUAGUCAUAUUAAAUGUUGAAUAUUUUUGGCUUGUGUCUUUUUAAAUGCACCCUUAAAACAAAGUACACGCCAAAUGUGGACUUUCCCAUAGAGCCUUAACAAAUAUGAUAUUCUUGUAUUUAAAAAUGCAUAUAUCUAUAUCUAAAGCUUUAAUAUAAAUAGAGUGCUGUUUUAUAUGCAGACCUGUUUGCUCUUGGUACUUCAGGAUUUUUUUUAUGUUUUAAAAAGCACUUUAACCCCUGCUAGGAAUAGAUAUUGAAAUUUCUUGACGGGUUCUAGGUUUUAUUGAGUAUAAGUGCAAUAAAAAAAUAGAAUUGCACUUGCGGUGGGAAUAUGAUACAGAGAUCUCUUUUAUUUAGAAUGCAGAAAAAACGAACUUUAUUGGAAAUGUUAAGUUUUAAGGUUUAAAAUAUGUAUUUUAUAAUGUUAAUGUUACAAUACGAUAACAUUUCAAGUGGACAAGGCUUAAUAUUUACUCAACUGAACUGUAAAAUGCCAUAUAUAUAUAUAUAUAUAUAUAUAUAUAUAUAUAUAUAUAUAUAUAUAUAUAUAUAUAUAUAUAUAUACAUACAUACACACGAAGUCCUCCCACUGUAUAUAUUGACACUUAUAAAUCUCAUCUCUAUGCAGAGACAUAGAUUUUUGAUUACUGACCAUGUUUCUAUAGAUCAUGUAUAAAUAUAAACUUGAACUUCCAUAACAUUUCACUGUAAACGUUAACGGAGUUGUUCGUUCUUUGUGUCUGUUUUGAUGCAAAAUGUGUCUCAUUUGAAUGUAUGGACGACAUAAGUAAGCAUCAAGUUUAACCACAAGUCAGUAGGUUUGCUCAGUGACAGAUAAUGUAAUAACCUAUGGUUAUCUCUGACUUAAUAAACAAAACAUUUAAAACA